CAACAGGAUUUCUUAAAUUUAUAUGAAGCCUUUUUAGCAGCUCAGCUGUAGAGAGUAGUGGAACAUGUCACGUUAUUUGGUGCGACCUAAAAACGGCAAAGAAAUGCAGGCUGAAACAGAGGCGAAAGAUAUUCAUCAGUGGGUUCAAAAUCUGGGGAAAAAGAAAGCAUCUAGCAAUGAAAAGACCAAGAACCUCUUCCAGCAUCAGCAGAAACAGAUGUCCUCCUUGAUACAAGAAGAAAGAGAAAUGUAUCUGAACAUACAUUUAAACAGAACAGACAGAAACAAUUCACUUGAUAUUAAAAAUACCAAAGAACUCCAAGAAAUUAUAAAAACUCAACAUUUUUAUGAUUCUCUUCUUAAAUUGGAAAAGGCCCAUGUCGCAAAUUUGGACUUGCAGGUAAAGGAAAUGACAGAAAUAAUGGAGAAACAGAAAAGCGUGGCACCUCCAUGCAAAAAUGUGCAAGAAAUUUGCAAAUCACAUAAGACGAUCAACAUCCUGGAAGCCCAGCUCCAGCAUGUAAACAUGCAGUUCAAUGAAACACUGGCCAAGAAUACACGACUGAGGCAAGAGAUUAACCAUUUACGUUAUCAGAGAGCCAAUUAUAGUAAAUUUCAGCAGAGGCUUCAGAACCAACUCAACCAAUAUAGGCUGGUUAUAGAUAAUACAAUGAAACAGGCAACAUGGACAAACAAUAAAAGAGAAGAAAUUCUGGCAAAGAUUCUGGUUCUGAAGGAAAAAACAGAGAGAGCGAUCAAGCAGUAUUACAUGGAGAUGAAGGAAAAUGUUCUGAUGUUUGAGGGUGAGAGUAAACUUGAAACGUUUAUGCAAACCAAAAACUUUGAUCGCUCUACAUUGGAAGAUGGGAAGCGGACUUUUAAGAAAGAAGGUGGAAGCGAAAGAGAAGACUUUGUGAACCAAACUGAAUAUGAGAAGUUAGUUCAGCAAUGCACAGAGCCCUACCUAAAGAGCCUGAAAAAACAAUUUAUUCAGAACGAAGGGAAUAAUUCAUCCAGUUUAAGAUUAUUAUGUGAAUUGAACAACGAGAUAGAAAUGCUUGAACAUAAAAUAAAAGUCCUAGAGGAUGGUAUAGUUCAUUUCAAUCAUCUGUGGUUUCCAGCUGAUAUGGAGAAACACUGCAGCCUGAAGCCUUUUCAGACAAAACUUCUCACCGCCGAUGAAGGUAAUAUCUCCAAAAACAGCAACGACUUUCUCAGUCAUCUCAAGGAAUCAGUGGAAGGCCUGUUCAAUAUGAUCAACUGUGACUCCGAGCUAACUAAAAAACUUAAUGGAGGGAAUAAAGGCAUCACAGACCUGAAUGUAAAGGAAUACUUCAUUGUGAUUGAACAGAAGAUAUCUGAGCUUCUCCUGAUCAAGAAUGACCUCUAA